GCCUGGAGAAGAAGCUUCUUUGGCUCAGAGGACUCGCAGGUGUCGGAAAAUCCGCCAUCGUCCAGACCGUUGCCGAGAAGCUGGCUGACCAAGGGCGUCUCGGUGCAAGCCUAUUCUUCUCGCGGACAAACGGACGCAUAGAUCCACGACAGGUCUUUCCUACCCUCGCAUACCAAUUUGCCGUCCAGGAUCCUUCAUACAAGAGGUACAUUACUAAAGUCAAGCUCAAGGAUCCGCAAUCACUCGAAAAGGCCAUGGGCGAGCAGUUCCGGCUCCUUAUUGCGGAGCCGUUUGGUCGCAAUGCGGUCACGACAAAUGUGUGGGUGGUGACCCUUGAUGGCCUAGACGAGUGUGGUGGCGAUCGGACCACUGGACGACACAGCGACGAUACACAACGUGAACUUUUGCGGCUCAUCAGCCAGUUCGUCCUGCAUCAUCCCUCCACACCUCUGAUCUGGAUAAUUGCCAGUCGUCCAGAGACUCACCUGAAGACCACAUUCUCCGAGGACGCCGCAAAGCCUAGCUUCUGGGAAGAGGAUGUUCCGAUCGAUUCCCCCGAGGCUUGUCAAGACGUCGAGAAGUUCUUGCAUGAUAAAUUCAUAGAAAUCCAGCACCAUCACUCUGAUCACAUUCCUGAAACGACAUGGCCAGCCCAGAACCAAUUCCUUCGGGUGGCAACAGCAGCGUCUGGUCUGUUUAUCUUUGCAGAGGUCAUCAUCCGCUUCAUUGGUGAUCCGUCGACUGGGAACCCAGUGGCCCAGUUACGGUGUGUCAUUUCUAUCAUCUCCAAAAUUCCGCUGUCCCAGCUUCGACGCAAUCCCCUUGCCGUCCUUGAUGCGCUGUAUGAAGAGAUCCUCUCUCGAAUACCCCGCGACUUGCUGAAGGUUGCGAAAGACCUCAUUGGAACCCUGCUAUUCCUCGACCACAAAAGUGCCAAAAUCGGGGACUUUGAUCUCCGCCGUAUUUGCAACUCUCUUAACAUUGCAAGAGACAAUGCAGUCACCGCCCUCCGUCAUUUACACUCGGUCCUAUUUUUCAAAAAAGUGAGAGAUAUUGGCAAGACUCGUCCGCGUUUCUAUCAUACUUCCUUCCGAGAUUUCCUCGAGGAUCCGUCUCGGUCCAACGAAUACUUGAUCGACGUCGGGGAGUGCGGGUCGGCUUUGUUCUGGGGUUCACAGGCCCUCGUCGAUGCUACGGUUUGUUUUCGACAAAUCUUGUUGCCCUGGCCCAGUGAUAAAGACAAUAAUUCAAGGUGGCCCGUAAAAUUGGCUGCCGAUCGGAUGAAUGACAUUUGCAAACACUAUUCACCAUCCAAUUGUCUGGUGCCAUUCUACUCCAUCCAUGUUACUGUUCCACAGACCCAUCUCUCAUCACUUCUCGAAAACGCCAACUACCGACAAUUGCUGGAGAUAAAUCCUUACCAUGUGGGGUACUUUCUGCAUCGCGUCGUGGUAUGUAUUACGCCAGGUUAUCCUUAAUUAUACCCCGAGGUCGAAUACCUACUAAUCUUAUAUGCAGUACGAUCGUAUGUGCGAAGCCACACUGGGUGCUCUACGGGAACAUAAAGUCGUGACAUACGCAACCCUUCCCUCGCUCGGCGUUGACAAGGCCCGCCUAAUGAAUUCUACCA